AUGUCCUCGAUCGUCGGCCGUCGAUCAGUGACCUUCUCGAAAUUACUUCAUGGCAUCGUAAGACCAACAGUGGCUAAUAGGAAGUAUUGUGCUGCCGCGUUUCCUGUCGACGAUGAUCUCUAUGGCCUUCAAGAUGAAGAAAAAGAGUUAAGAAGUGCAAUACGCAAGUUUGUCAAUGAAGAGCUGGCUCCAUAUGCACAGGAAAUAGAUAGCAACAAUAAUUUCUCACAAAUUCGAGAAUUUUGGAAAAAGCUUGGCAAUAUGGGCUUACUAGGUAUCACCGCACCAGCAGAAUUCGGUGGUACGGCUGGCACUUUCCUCCAUCAUUGUAUUGCAUUGGAAGAAAUCAGCCGUGGCAGUGGCAGUAUUGCACUUAGCUAUGGUGCUCACUCUAAUCUAUGUGUUAAUCAGGUGGUGAGGAAUGGGACGGAUGAACAAAAAGCAAAGUAUCUCCCUAAGCUCAUUAGCGGGGAAUACAUUGGAGCGUUGGCAAUGAGUGAAUCUGGAUCGGGUAGCGAUGUUGUUUCUAUGCGUCUGAAAGCAGAAAAAAAGGGGGAUUAUUAUAUCCUAAACGGAAGUAAAUUCUGGAUUACCAACGGGCCGGAUGCUGACGUAUUGGUGGUUUAUGCUAAAACCGAUCCAUCCGCAAAACAGCGCGGAAUAACCACUUUUCUCAUAGAAAAAAAUAUGCCAGGAUUUUCAACAGCCCCAAAGUUAGAUAAGUUGGGAAUGAGAGGUUCAAAUACUUGCGAACUAAUAUUUGAAGACUGUAAAGUACAUGAAUCGCAAAUUAUGGGAGGAUCUGGAAAAGGAGUUUACGUAUUAAUGAGUGGAUUGGAUUUAGAACGUUUGGUCCUUGCUGCUGGACCUGUAGGUUUGAUGCAGGCUGCAGUUGAUGUUGCCUAUCCUUAUGUUCAUCAGCGUGAACAAUUUAAUACAAAAAUAGCUCAAUUUCAGCUAAUACAAGCAAAGAUGGCGGACAUGUACGUAAAACUUAAUUCCUGUAGAAGUUAUUUAUACAACGUUGCCAGAGCUUGUGAUGCAGGUCGAAUCGUCAGCAGGGAUUGUGCUGGUGUGAUUCUGUAUUGUGCCGAAGCCGCUACUAAAGUUGCACUUGAUGCUCUACAACUUCUUGGUGGGAAUGGUUAUAUUAACGAUUAUCCAACUGGUCGCAUUUUGCGAGAUGCUAAGCUUUAUGAAAUUGGUGCUGGUACUAGCGAAAUCAGACGUCUAUUGAUCGGAAGAAGUAUUAAUAAAGAAUACAUUUCAAAUUAA